CCCUUUAUAAUUUGGAUUUUGUAAACACCGGCACAACCAUUUCGUGAGCAAGCCCAAUCACCCGCAUCCAUAAAUUGGACUUGGGUAGCUAGUUGCCACAGCACAGCAGGAGAAGGAAGAAGAGACCUAGCGAGCAAGUCCGACUACCCAACCACACUCCACGCUCCCAUGACAAUAAUCCAUAUUGAUCAACUCAGUUAAUUUCAGUUAACUUGCCGACAUUUGAAGAUCUUCAACUUUAUUUUGGUUCAAUAUUUUUCUAUUUUGGCAAGCCUUUGAAAAAAGUACAACUCGUAGCGAAAAAAUCAUCAAGUAAGAAAAGCCGCAACGAAUUCAGCCAAUGUGAUUUAAUUACUCGGUGUAGGAUUGCAUAUGUAGUAGUUAAUAGUAUACUGAUCAUAUCAAAACGGUUUGGCCUGCGCUGUAGAGUGUGCAUUGUACGUCAUUAUUCUCCUGAGUUCAAAAUAACUGUGUGAGAGAAAAAUCUGCUCACUUAACAGCUCCAGUAGCUAGUAACGUACUCUCUAAUGCAGGGGGCAAUUAGUCCCAUUACAUCGUAAGAAUGUCAAUUACGUUUAGAUUGAACGGAAAUAUUUUCAACGUGAACCCAUCGACCGUUCCCAUCGACACAUCAUUGAAUACUUUCAUUCGCAACCAUGCUCACCUUAGCGGGACCAAGUUUAUGUGCUUAGAAGGGGGCUGUGGUGCAUGCUUGGUCAAUGUAUCAGGGCCACAUCCAGUCAGUGGAGAAAUAGUUUCCCAUGCUGUGAAUUCGUGUCUGUUUCCAGUAUUCUCUUGCCAUGGAUUGGAUGUUGUUACGAUCGAGGGUAUCGGCAGUGAUCGAGUGGGCUAUCACAGAGCGCAAAAAGUGCUCGCCCAUUUCAAUGGCACCCAGUGUGGAUAUUGCUCACCGGGGAUGGUCAUGAACAUGUACAGUUUGCUGGAGUCUAAAAAAGGGCUCGUUUCGAUGGCCGAGGUCGAGAAUUCGUUUGGAGGUAAUAUUUGUCGGUGCACCGGAUAUCGACCUAUUUUGGAUGCAUUUAAAUCUUUGGCUUACGAUGCUGAACCAAAGUUGGCGAAAGCUUGUGCGGAUAUCGAGGACCUCAAUCAGAUCUGCUCAAAAAUGAGUGAUGCCUGCCUGGGAACCUGCCCUGCCUCAAAUAUAGUUAGUGAAAAAAAAUCCAUUCACAUGAUCUUCCCAGAUAAUAGGGAGUGGCACAAGGUAUACAACACAACUGAAAUAUUCAGUAUUUUUGAAAACAUCGGCACAAAACCGUAUAUGUUAAUUUCGGGAAAUACUGCACAUGGAGUCUAUCGCAAAAGCGAAAAACUUCAAAUCUUCAUAGAUAUUAACUCUGUUGAAGAACUUCGAUCGCAUUCUCUGGGAAAACAAUUGAUUGUUGGAGCCAACGUAACAUUAGCUGAGUUCAUAAUCAUACUAUCUGAGACAGCUAAAAAAUCCAGUGGCUUUGAUUACUGCUCCGAGCUUGCCAAGCACAUUGAUCUAAUAGCUAAUGUUCCGGUUCGCAAUACUGGUACGAUCGCCGGAAAUCUGAGUAUCAAAAAUCAACACGAGGAAUUCCCCUCUGAUUUGUAUCUGAUUCUUGAAACUAUUGGUGCAACGUUAACAAUUAUGCAUUCUGACAAAAACAUAAGUGUUAUGAAACCGCAGGAAUUCAUUCGCCUAAAUAUGAACAAGAAACUGAUUGUGAACGUAAACAUGCCACGGCUGGAGUCGGCCAAAACGUUCAAGUCUUUCAAAAUUAUGCCACGAGCCCAAAAUGCUCACGCCUAUGUCAAUGCAGCUUUUCUAGUGAGGCUUAAAAAAGACCCUGCAUUGAUGGUCGAAGAAGCUACAAUUUGUUAUGGAGGAAUAAAUCCAACCUUCACACACGCAACUGCUAUGGAACGUUACCUGAUUGGAAAAAAUAUCUUCGAUAAUACUAUCUUGCACAAUGCGCUUACAAUUCUAUCAAACGAGCUUGAACCAAAUUGGGUUUUGCCAGAUGCUUCUCCUGAGUAUCGUAAAAACUUGGCACUUUCACUCUUCUACAAAUUUGUCCUAAUAACAGCAUCAGAGAACUCCAUCUCAAUUAAACGAGAAUUGAUAUCAGGAGCGCGCCAUUUGGAACGUCCACUGUCAAGAGGAUCUCAACAUUUCGAUACUAUUCCACAAAAUUGGCCUCUGACUCAAAAUAUUCCGAAAAUUGAAGGACUCGCGCAAACCUCAGGAAAAUCCCAAUUCAUCAACGAUAUCCCAGCGAUGCCUCUUGAACUGUUCGCUUGCUUUGUACUGGCAACGAAAGCCAAUGUUAAAAUUUUAAAAAUUGAUGCAACCGAGGCAUUGAACAUCCCAGGAGUAGUGGCGUUUUACUCCGCUAAGGAUAUUCCCGGUAAAAAUGAAGUAAUGCCGUUCAAGGAUGUCUGUCCAGAGGAAGAGGAAAUUUUCUGCAGCGAUGAAGUGUUAUACCACGGACAGCCAAUUGGAGUAAUUGUGGCCGAGUCAUUCGAUCUUGCCAACAAAGCUAGCAAACGAGUAUCAAUAUAUUAUGACAUGAAUGAUAAAACGGUCUAUCCCACCGUUCGCAAAAUUAUCGAUCACAACCAAACGGAGCGUAUUAUCAGAACUGAUCAUGGAUUUGAAGGUCGUAAUUAUGCUCAAUCUCCUGAAGGCCCAUUGAAAGUAUCCGGCGAAAUGAAUCUGGGAGUACAAUAUCAUUAUUAUAUGGAAACUCAAACUUGUAUUUGCGUACCGAUAGAAAACGAGAUGGAUGUUUACCCUUCCACUCAAUGGGUAGAUCUUAUCCAGGUAGCAAUAGCGCAAAUGUUAAAUGUUCCAGAAAAUCGUCUCAAUAUCCAUGUCCGUCGCUUAGGUGGCUCUUACGGAGGUAAAGCCAGUCGAUCUGCUUUCGUGGCUUGUGCAUGUGCCUUAGCAGCUCAUCUGUCGAAGCGACCGGUUAGAAUGAUUUUGACCAUGGAAGAUAACAUUGCAGCUAUAGGAAAACGCUAUGGGUGCCAUUCUAAAUAUGAGGUCAGCUUCACAAAUAAUGGCAAAAUUCAGAAGCUAUUCAAUGAGUUCAUCCAUGAUUCAGGAUCUUCAUACAACGAAACUCCAUUCUACAUCAACGGUUACUAUCCUAAUUGUUAUGCUGAAGACACUUUCAAAAUAGAGGCAUUGAAUGCACGGACGGACACUGCAAGCAAUACUUGGUUACGUGCACCGGGGUCUGUGGAAGCAAUUGCAAUGAUCGAAAAUAUCAUCGAGCACAUUGCUCACUCAACAGAAAUGGAUCCUCUGGAUGUUCGAAUGAUCAAUAUGGACACAGGGUCUAAAAUGAUUGAUCUUCUCCCGCAAUUCCGAUCGGAUGUUAAAUACGAUGAUCGGAAAGUAGUAAUUGAUCGUUUCAAUCUUGAGAAUCGCUGGCGUAAGCGAGGAAUUUCUAUCGUUCCCAUGAAAUAUCGAAUGACCUAUCUGGGAGCACUGCAUGCCAUAGUUUCUAUCUACCACGGAGAUGGAACUGUUUCCAUUGCUCACGGAGGAAUCGAGAUGGGUCAGGGGUUGAACACGAAAGCCGUCCAAAUAGCAGCCCACAUUCUUGGGAUACCAAUGCAGAUGAUCAGUAUCAAACCAACGAAUAAUUUGGUUUCUCCUAAUGCGGUUUGUACUCAGGCUAGUUAUACUAGCGAAGCAGUGGGAUAUGCCAUCAAAAAAGCAUGUGAAGUACUUCUAGAUCGAAUCCAUCCUAUUCGGGAAAGGAUCGGAAAUUCGUCUUGGACUUCCAUAAUUGAGCAAGCCUAUCGCGAAAAUAUUGACCUCAGUGCUACAUACAUGUACAAAGAAUCAGAGCUCGAACCUUAUAUAGUUUGGGGGCUUAGCUGUGCCGAAAUAGAAAUAGACGUUCUAACGGGAAACCUUCAGAUCAUUCGAGUAGAUAUUCUUGAGGACACCGGAGAAAGUCUAAGUCCCGGAAUAGACGUAGGUCAAAUCGAAGGUGCCUUUGUCAUGGGACUAGGCUACUUUUUGACGGAAAAGAUGAUGCAUGAUCCACACAGCGGAGAAGUGUUAACAAACCGUUCAUGGAACUACAAGCCCCCUGGAGCAAAGGACAUUCCAAUCGAUUUCAGGAUCAGCUUGCUACAGAACAGUCCAAACCAAGCAGGUGUGCUGCGAUCGAAAACCACGGGAGAACCUGCUUCUGUAAUGAGUGUCGUCGUUCUGUUUGCCAUCCGCCAUGCACUGCUGUCGGCUAGAAAGGAUGCUGGAAUCAGCACAGAUCAGCUGUGGGUAUCACUGGGAGCACCAACAACGCCUGAAGAAAUAUAUCAACUGACGGGAAAUUCUAUUAAUCAGUACAAAUUAAAUUGAACGUACUUAUGCUUUUGAAAGAGUGAAGACUAAUAGCUAAUUGGAAGAAAAAUAUUGCAACUUCUUUUCAAAUACGUUAAUUUUUGUUUCUUUAAAAUAUAUGAUUUUUUAUUUUAACGGCAAUGUAGGUAUGCUAUGAUGACAACUUCAUGUUGUGGAACUUUCCACCAAAACAUACAUUGCGUCAUAAUCGGCCAGUCAUUGAUUUUAUUUUGUCAGGUGACUCUUUCGACAAGUUGAUUUUUUGGGACUUCCUGUUCAAUAAUUUGAC